UUAAACUCUAAAGAGUGUCAGACAAAAAGCUUUAGUUUACUAAAUGUUUGCUUUUUUCAAAGCAAUUUUCAAGUUUUGUACCACCAAAAAAUUGUUUAAACAUAUCUAUAUUAGAUGGUUCUAAACAUGAUGUACCAGAGUUUAGGCUAAUGCAAGGGGAUUUGUUUCCAGAUAGCAAAAAGUGACAAUCGCAUCGUUCAUUUUUCCAUUUUUGUCAAUAAACUAAUCAAAAGUGAACACGUAUUUGCCUAAAUUUCAUGCUAGACAAUAUUUAUAUCAGAUUUGCAUUCAAAGAUAAUCGUGUCAUCUCCAUAACUUUAGACCUAUUGUUAUUCACAAGAAAAAUUCCAUUGAUGACAAUGUUGCAUAAAAUGGAGUCAAAACAGAACCUUGUGGUAUCCCCCUUCUCUUGGUUUUCUCCAAACACUUAAGAAACCAUUUACAAUCUCUCUUUUGGUAAUUUAGCUGCAUAUGAGCUCUAAAGCAUCUCCACUAAGCCUGCGUGAAAGAAAUUUAGCUGAUGAAAAGCAUUAGAAAGAUUCAUAAAAAGAGUCCAAUAUUCUUCUUCAUAGAAAGAUUCAUACUCAAAGAAGGACUGUCUGCACUUUCGAUAUAAUUGUUUCAAUAAAGCAUGCACCCUAAAAGCACCUAUAUCCUGUUUUCACGAGGGCCUAGCAUGCGUACAUAAAAUUCUGAGGCAUGCAAAGCGGCAAAAUCUCUUCUUGUCCGUAGCUUUGAACAGAGAAUGCAUACAUUUGUUUGUUAGGGUGGCAUCAAAAGCAUUUAAUUGCAUUGCCAUCUGCUUAUGGACACUAUUUCAUCUGAGGCAUCGAUUUUUAGUCUCGAACUAGGAGUUUAGCCGAGCAAACUUGAAUUUCUUAUUUCUGCUUCCUCUAUCGAGGUUACAUAUGCGCCUAUGACAACAAAAACGCUAAGGGAAACAAAUGCCUGCUUUACUUAUGAGGUGAACUUAGAUAUCGCGAUGUCAAACCCGUUUUUCUGGCAGGGCAACCAACUGUUGUCGAGACCGAGAAAUUUUCUUCUGAGAACGACGAUAAAGAGAUGUACGGAUAAUUUCUUGCUUGUGGCCAGCAAUGGAGAAAAAAGAAAUGGCCUGAGGCUGUACCACUCAUCUGUAGCACUCAUAAGAUGAGUACCACUUAUCUUCUUGAAAUCUGUUAUGUGCCUUGCAGGUUAGUAGUUAAUUGACUUGACUGUUCCCACACCGAAAGAUCUCAUUCUACGCACAAUCGAAGGCAAACCUCGCAGCAGCUGCAAGUGUAUGGAGCCCCGUCUCAAAGAAUCGCUAAAACUUGCCGAUGUACUCUCGACAUAUCAUCGCAUAUGCUGGCUGACUGGGCAGGUACUUCUGAUCAAAUUGCAACACUCCUUCAGUGUCGCGUUACUUUCUCGAACAAGUAUUUAUUCCACUUCAUUGCCACAAAAACAAAGAUAGAAUGCAGCAAGUUCCUUUUGAUUUCUGUGAUGGAAGCAUUGAAAAAAAUCACUACGCGGCCGGUAGAAAGCGCGUUAAAUGUUGGUUAUUGGGGACAGCAGCCGUCGAGAUGAGAUCAUCUUCACCCAAGGCCAUAUUCGCAAACAGAUCAUUCGAAGAAGCGUGUGGCUUUGAUGGAUCCGGAGGAAAUGAAGGAAUGUCCGAAACCUCUUUCGAACCGUUCUCCCCAACGAAUAAAGGAGAGCGGAUCGUUAUCAACGUUGGCGGUACAAGACAUGAAACCUACAUCGGUACAUUGCAUUCUGUUCCGGAUACAAGGCUUUACUGGAUAACGGAAAAACACACAAUGUCGCCAGAGUAUGAUCCAGACAGACAAGAGUAUUUCUUUGAUAGACAUCCAGGGCUAUUUUCAUAUAUUUUGGACUAUUACCGGACCGGAAAGCUUCACUGUCCGGCUGAUGUGUGCGGGCCUCUUUUUGAAGAAGAGCUUCUGUUUUGGGGCAUCGAUGAGGCUGUUAUAGAGCCUUGUUGUUGGAUGAAUUACCAAAAACAUAGGGAUGCAGAGGUAAAUCUUCAAUCAUUUGACUCACUUGACGGAGAUGAUGAAAGAAAUUCUGUUCAACCAUCCGAUGUAGAAAACCAGGGACAGCUCGGGGAACAGGAUAGCAGGCAUUUGGAACGAAGAAGCACUUUGAAUAGCAUCAUGAGAAAGUGGACCUACUGGCAGCCAAAGGUCUGGUCAACAUUGGAAGAACCGAAUUCGUCUAAAGCAGCCCAGGUGAUUGGUCUAAUCUCCAUGAGCCUCAUCGCGAUUUCAGUCACGACGUUCUGUUUAGAAACAUUAGAGUUCUUCAAGAAUAAGGGCAGUAUUCAAUAUCAGUUUCUUGAAUACCUUGAAAUCAUUUGCGUCACCUGGUUCACUCUUGAGUUCGUCAGCCGCUUGAUAUUCUCUGCUGAUAAAGUUGCAUUUUUCAAAAGCCUAAUGAACUGGAUCGAUUUUUGCGCCAUUUUCCCAUUCUUUCUAGAACUUAUGCUUCGUAAAAAUAACAUGAGGACUAUAGUUGUGUUACGUGUAGUUCGAAUCACGCGAUUGUUUCGUAUUUUCAAGCUAUCGCGGCACUCAUACGGCCUACAAAUCUUAGGCCACACACUGAAGUCCAGCUGCCGUGAGUUAUUUCUGCUUGUUUUCUUUCUAUCCAUCGCUGUCGUAAUUUUCUCCAGCCUAAUCUAUUAUGCUGAGAAAGACCGCCAAGCUGAUAAGUUCGACUCUAUCCCAGGCUCCUUUUGGUGGAGCGUUGUUACUAUGACGACAAUUGGAUACGGUGACAUCGUGCCUAAGACCGCGCCUGGCAAAUGUGUAGGGAUAAUGUGUGCCCUCUGCGGAGUAUUAGUUAUUGCACUGCCCAUUCCUGUUAUUGUAAACAAUUUCAGUCUAUACUAUUCUCAUGCCCAAGCGAGACUGCGAGUUUCAAACAAGCGGAAGAAGCCGUUGUUGUUCGGCGCGGCAAACGCGCUACGCAUGACAGAUCCUUGGAUGCCAAAUCGUCUGUUGCAGAAACAGCGUUCCGAGCAAUCAGACUUCACAGCCAUUUUGCACUCACCAAGACGCACCCCACUAGCCAGUCCGACCCCCACCAUCAGACAGUUUGCUGCAAUCAGUGGGGCCAAUGCUGUGUGGAACAGAGGGAAGGAGAUUGGGUUUAAGCAAGCAAUUUCUCGUGCCUCCCCGUGCCCUAGCAUAAAUUCUUCUCUCAAUUCUCGCGCCAGUGUCAAGACCCCACCAUCAUCACGACGGGUUAGCAACCAUCUAACAGAGGAGAACGGGGCAUCAAAGCACUCAAGUCCUACCCGAGGGUUACCCUCACAGCUUCCAGUUAUACGUCUGUCACCAAACUACGAAAGCCCCAGCAUUAAUGUGAGCCCACCCAGCACGCCAAGUAGAACCAACAGCCAGAUCCAAAGCUCUGUAGGCUCUCCAUUCCCAUUGUCUCCAUGCGCAGAGUCGUCAACAUUCUCCCAAGACCUUUACACCCCAAAAUCAAGCACGUGUCCAUCGAGACAGGAUCUUUCUCCCUUGCAAUCACCCUUAUUCUUGUGCAGUCCUGACAAGUCGACCCUAAGCACCUGUAUCAGUGACAUUAUGACAACUCCCAGCACGCCUUGCAGCUUCAGCAGCUCGUCUUCCAAACUAGCGAGUCCCCGCGGACGCAUGGGACGUCGCAAUGGCAUUUGCAUUCUGGGAUACCAGUCAAGGGGACCGCCUCGAAGGAAAGCGUCUACUGCCACGAGGACGCGUAAGACCUCGACGCGCUCUUUUCUGGACAGCAGUGAUUCUCAGAUGUCAAGUCGCAGGGAUUCUCGUGUGUUUAGCAACAUGUCAGUAGCAGAGAGUCGCGACGAGCGCAGCUGCCUUGUUGCACCUUCGCCGGGCGUUAGCAAAACAUUAUUUGAAGUUUCUCGACGUCUUGAGACGAUGAUGCCAGAGGAAUCACCCCCGGAACGUUCACCGAAACCGGCCGCCAGGACAACUAGUGUCUCGAAUGAUUCGGUUCGAAGUGCCUACUCAAGCCGGUCGUCCUCACCUCUCGUUAGACAGAAAGCAACCAACGCGACACUUGAGUCGAUGAGCUCACAAGAAACCGAUCAACCAUCGGAGCAACAUGAUGGAAACGAAGAGAACGUGCCAAAACUUGAAUCCGUUAUGAAUGGGUUGAUAUUCAAACGACGAAACAGACAAAAACAAGAGAAGGGUGUUGAGGGUUUUAGUUGCACCGUCACGCCCAUGUCGGCUAGCCUCGCUGGCAGUGGUGAAGCCAUAAGCGGAGCACCAAGUAUCGAUGUCAACGAAAUAAAGGACAGCUUAAAACAGAAAUCAAGUCAAGACCAAAUGUCUUUUAAAUCACUAGAGGUCUUUGAUCGAUCAUCACCAAACCUAACUCUUCAACCGAUUAAUGAUAAUAAAAACUUAAAAACAAAAUCUUUGGAUGACAUAAGAACUAAUCGAAAGGAGAAAUCGGAAAGCGAGGGACGAAAUGUUAUAAGUGUUUCGACAUCUCCUAGCUCGCCAGGCUUGGGAAAGUUUCAGUAUACUAUUACGUGCAGAAAAGAGGCGUUUGUUGAAAGCAGGAACGCAAGUGCUGAAGAGAGGGAGUAUCAACAAGGUAAAGAAGUCAUUCGACCAGCUGUGUGUUUUUCAGGUCGAAGAUGCAAAUCAGCUGAUAACAACAGGCAAGAGUUACAAAUAUCGGAAGAUAUAAGACAUCGCGCUCAAUCAAACGAUGUCGAGUUGACUAUAUCACAACAAAAAAGCGCGCCACAUCUUUUAUCUAAAUCUAUCGAUCUCGUCUCGAAGUCUUUCGACAAGUCGCCUCUUGUCCCAAGACGGUAUGGGUUUUCGGCUAGAAGUCCAUGGGCGUCAAGGCUUGGUCACGUGCACGACUCAGGGGUCCAUAGUAUGUCCAUGUCUCAAAAUCAAGAAACCUGCACACUUGACUUACAAUUAGACGAACUGCCAGAAGGAGGAUACAACGAUAAGGAGGCUAAUAAUGAAAAAGUGCAUACUACUGUACAGUGAGGAUACUGCUUUGUUUAAGCUAUUUGAACGAAACCUCUUCUCCGUGGAAUGCAUUGGUGACCCAUUACGGAAACCUGUAGAAGCAUAGGAAUGGCUUUCGGCCAAAUACACGAAAAAACCUUAAAGCAAAAAGAACAACAUCGCAAGCUCUUGUAUAUAAAAGACAAACAAUUUCGCUUCUUAUUGUGUUUUUAUUAAUUAUUUCGCAGUUGUAAUCUUAGCACCUAAGAAAGGAGCUGAGAUAUUAGUAUUUCAUUAUAAACCUAAAGAUCCAUGUAAAUGUUAACCGUUUUUAUAGGUUCUUACAAUAUCGGUUUUCAUUUUUGUAUGGGAAUAUUCGCAAUGUUUUUGAGAGCAGAUAGUGUCAAGUAUUUAUCUAUAAACGAGACAUGUACAGUGUUUAAAAGUCGACGUCUGGUACGCACAACCUUGCAAAUUACAAGGUGGAGAAUCGAAACAAAAAGGAAGCAAUAAGAAAUGGAACUUUGCAUUGUAAUGUUCAGCUGCUGUUUCUGGACUAAAUUCAGCAAGAUAUCAAAUAAGACUUUUAAAGUCAAUGAAAACAAUUUAAAGUUAGGAACCCGGAUUGAAAAUAUUUAUUCCUUCUUCAAAAUAAGGUAUUAUUUGUCGGACCAACGGCAUAUAUGGUAUUGCAUUUUCUUGAUGUUGAUAGAGUUUGCAGAAUGACGUCAUGACGAAAAGAUCUGACAUUUCCACUUUGAUAUCUGCAUUCACAAAUUGUUUUUUAAAGCUUUCCUUUAAACAAUGUUUAAUGCAUUUUAACGUAUACAAACGACGUAUGUAUCUUAAGUUACAAUACAAUUGUUAACAUUUUUAAAAUUCUAUCUGAAAUCAAAUUAUUUAAAGAGUUAUUGUAAAAUAAUUUCUCAAGUAACAAAGAUGUAUACUUGGGUUUACUAGAUUUUCUUGCGGGGGUUAAAUUAGUAAUAUCUUUAUACUUUUUAACACUUAGGUAAAAUCAAAUUAAAUAAGAUGACAUGAAAAUUAAAACUUAGGUGGUGGAAAAAUGUAUAUUUUUUUAAGCUGCUUAUACUCGAUGUUUUCAGACCUUUCUGUUUGUUUGAGAAUCAUAUUUGCAAGCUCUUGAUAUGAAAGAAGUUAUUGGUCUCCAGGGCCGCUGAGGGGUUUUCGAAGGCAAAAGUCGACAACGAGACCCCUGCGAGCGAAGUGUGCAGAAAAUUUUUGCGACCACGCUCUUUAGAUUAGCUUCAAUUCGUUCAUCUGUUCAAAAAGUUUUGAUAUUAUCAGGCAUGAUUUUGCUUCUUUUAGUUAAUUCAAUUCUAAAAUGGAAUUCAUUACUUUAUGAGGCCCCUAGACCUCCAGAUCCUGGGGCAAUUUGCCCCCUUCCCCUCCUCCCCCUUUCAGCAGCUCUGUUUGUCUCCUGGGCUGGAUACACGCGGAAGGAGCGGAGCAAGAUGGUUUUUUUUGCUGAAACAAAAAAAUGGUUAUUCAUCGACGGAAACUGAAAAAAUCGCAAUUAUGUAGACAGAAGGAGUUCGUAUUCACCCUAGUACUAUAGGAACGAUACUAUGUAGCAUGAAUUGCCUUGGUUCCUAUUUUGUCUGCUGUAACUUUCCACCGUUGAUGCUACUUCGACAAAUCUUAUUAACGUGCAGAGAACACGGAGCCAGUGAGAGAGACAGUGUGUUUCCUGUGUAACUCUGGUGUGAACUGAACGGAACUGAACUGACUGAAUUACAUACAAAUUAACAUAUUUAUAUAUAAAAUAAAUGUGCUGAAUAAUUAUGUGUUGUGAUGAUGUAAUGAUGAUGCAAUGGAGAAGGAAAGAUCUAGACUUGGGAAGAAAUCAGCAUGACAUAGAUGUGUGAACGUGUGUAGGUGAUGCUGUGAAUGACGUAGGUGGAUGUCAUGGUGAUGGCAUGAAGUAGGAAUAUGGCCUAAUUUACAAUAUUAAAAUCACUACAGUAUUCCAUAUUGGCAAUAUUUUCAGUAGGCAAGCGGCCUUGAUUUAGCAACCUUACAGUCAUGUGCUCGCGUUUCUGUUUCCGAUUUUUGUUCUGACAGACGAAAAGCUUCAGUACGUUUCAAAAUGGUUGAAAAGCUCAGUACGUUUCAAAACGCUUCAAUUCUUAAUAUUUUGUACCACCAAAAAACUUUAAAAGUAAGAAGGACAUAACGUGGGAAAACAUCUUUAAAGGGAUCUCUCUUCUUCAACUGCAGAUUUAUUCUUCUAUCAUUUUGAUGUAGAGAAAUUUAAUUGGAGAUUUCUAGCCCUGUUAAUUUUGCAGAAAUCCAAAAAAUGCAAAGUUUGACUCCUAGAGUCCAUUACACGGCCACAAAAAUAUGAAAAUUUACUUUGGCCAAGCUGGUGCGGUUCUGCACGUCCAUAGAGAGGAGGGCAAGGGCGGUGUACCCAUAUAAAUGCAUUUAAAAUUGCUCUAUAUAUGGUUCAACUGAGAAGAAAAGAUUUUUAUAAGUCAAAGAAGCUACACUCUUUUUUUUAUAAGAACCAGUAAAUUUCAGUUCAGGCUGGCUGUUCUUAAU